AACAGAACGAGGCAGGGUAGAGAGAGAGAGAGAGAGAGCGCGCGUCGCAGGGUGAGGAGUUGGGGAAGAAGAAGAAGAAGAAGGAGAAAAAGGAUUUUUCAUUUCCAUUUCCAUUUUCCUUCCUCAAUUUGUAGCGCGAAAAUAGAUUCUUUUUAGAAUUGUCUCAAAGGGAUUUUUCUUAACUGAGGAAAGUGGUAAUGAGUCGACAAAAGAAAUUCAAAGAGUGAAAUUUCCUUGCUGGGAUCUCUCUCUCUGUCUCGUCUCGUCUCAUUUUCUUUUCUUUCUCUCUCCGUUUUUCCCUGUUCGGAGGAGCGGGAUUCUUUCUUUUUCUUUUCCUUUCUUGUUCUUUUUCCCUUUUUCGUGUAUAUAUAGCAGGGGAAGGUUUUGGGGCGGGUCUCUUCUCUUUUUAUUUCCAGUAGUGUCUGACGAUUCGGCAAUCGCACUUCAGACUUUCGUUGAGAGAGAGAGAGAGAGAGAGACUUCGUUUUGCCGCAGUUAGAAGAGCUCUAAUCACCAGGAAUUGUAAUGGAGCUCAACAUGAGCUUUUCCAAUGACAUGGAUGAUGAGUAUGAGAAGCUCUUUAGAAGACUAAAUCCACCUAGGGUUGUGAUUGAUAAUGAAUCCUGCAAGAAUGCUACUGUGAUAAGGGUUGACAGUGCAAACAAGCAUGGAAUCCUGCUAGAUGUCGUUCAAAUACUCACUGAUCUCGACCUCAUAAUAACCAAAGCUUACAUCUCUUCUGAUGGCGGUUGGUUCAUGGAUGUGUUUAAUGUGACAGAUCAGGAUGGAAACAAAAUUACUGAUGAACCAAUUCUUGACUACAUUCAAAAGGUGAGUAACAUCUCACAAUCUCUAGGGCCAGAAUCAUGCUUCACAUCUUCAAUGGGAUCAGUUGGGUUCAAACCAUCAGUAGACCACACAGUGAUUGAGCUAACCGGAAGCGACCGACCUGGUUUACUAUCCGAAGUCUGUGCUGUCCUCACUCACCUUAAGUGCAAUGUUGUGAGUGCAGAGGUCUGGACACACAACACAAGGGCAGCAGCUGUGAUGCAAGUGACAGAGGAGGAAACGGGGUCUGCAAUUUCUGACCCGGAGAGGCUGGCAGGGAUCAAGGAGCUGCUUCGGAAUGUGCUGAGUGGGAGCAACAGGUCUCGAGGGGCGAAUACCGUUGUGUCUCAUGAAGCCAUUCAUACAGAUAGAAGGUUGCACCAAAUGAUGUUUGCCGCUAGGGAUUAUGAAAGGAGUGGUGGCGAUAGUGUUGAUGGUUGCUUGGGUGAGAAGCAAAGGCCUGAUGUGAGUGUGGUUAAUUGGUAUGAUAAGGACUAUUCGGUUGUCACCAUAAGGAGUAAAGACAGGCCAAAACUUCUGUUUGAUACUGUCUGCACUUUGACUGACAUGGAGUAUGUUGUGUUUCAUGCAAACAUUGAUGCUGAGGGUCCAGAAGCUUACCAGGAAUACUACAUAAGGCAUGUUGAUGGGUCCCCUGUGAAAUCUGACGCUGAGAGACAAAGAGUUAUACAAUGUCUUGAGGCAGCCAUUGAAAGAAGAGUAUCUGAGGGUUUGAAGCUUGAGCUAUGUACAACUGAUAGAGUAGGGUUGCUAUCAGAUGUUACUCGAAUCUUUCGAGAGAACAGUCUUACGGUUACAAGAGCAGAGGUAACCACCAGAGGAGGCAAAGCUCUGAAUACAUUCUAUGUUCGUGAAGCUUCAGGGUGCCCGGUGGAUGCUAAGACCAUCGAUGCCAUUCGGCAAGUGAUAGGUCAGACGAUACUGAAGGUCAAAGGAAGGCCUGAUGAUUCAAAGCAAGCCUCUCAAGAAUCACCAACAAGGUUCCUCUUUGGUGGUCUGUUCAAGUCUAGAUCCUUUGUCAACUUUGGUUUGGUUAGGUCCUAUUCUUAGGAUCAAAAGAACUUCCCUAGACACUCACUCACUGAUUGUACAUAUACCCAACUUAGUGACCUUUCAGCUUUUAGCUCAUGUAACCACAGUUUAGGAAGAAAGAAUCGAACCAUUUGGCAAAGGUAGGUUAGUGAAGGGAGAAGAGUUGGAAGUGUGUGACCUGUAAAUUUCACUGCUUUCCUGUAUCUCUCUCCCUCUCUGUCCCCUAACUGUUGUUAAUGUGUCCAAUCUGAGGUUGGAGCCAUGAAGGUAGAGGAAAGGAAGAAGAUGAGCACUGGAAAACCCACGUUGAAAGUUUUGGACUUUUUUUCUCUGUACAUAUAAUUAAAGUAAACUACGUGAUUAAAUCUCAUGUUUAAUCAAAGGUUUGGUCUUUCCUUAUGUAUGCUGCUAAGUGCUCACUGUUUUCCAUGCUUUGUUGUUCACCCC